AUGAUUUUUGUAGUUUCACCUGAUGAACAAUUUAUUGAAGCAGUGCAGCAUUUUCUCAAUGAAUAUAUACCGGUUCGACCAAUUCAUAGUCUCACUUUUAUCGAUAAUUAUUGCAAUUGGAAAAAAGUCAAUUAUAUUGAUACUCAAAUAAGUCAUAUCAAUGAUCAAGUUCGAACUAAAAUCUAUCAUGACCAAGAGAUGCAGCCACGUUCAUUACCAUUUAUGUCAGAUUAUCUACCUAUGGUGUAUUCAACAUUAAUUCAAACAUAUCUUAUUCAUGCUGCAUUAAUUUGUUGUAAAGCAUCUGAUUUUCAAGAUGAACAUCGUGGUAUUUAA